UUUGUUGACUACGGUCACACUGGCGCUGUUCACAAAACAUUGCAAUCGCAUUUUCAAUUGGAAUGAAAUGUUGAUUUAAUUGCAAUUUGUGCAUAUUUAAUAAGUCCGAGAACAACAUUAAAGCUAGCGUAGCAAAAGCUGCUUUCGAACUGCACUUGUAGUUGUAGUUGUUGUUGUUGUUGUUGUUGUUGUAGCCCGAACUGAGCAACACCUUACCAGCCUUACCUCCACGAACUGCGGCAGUUGAAACAAAUACGAGCGUUGCCACACCUCAAAAAUGGAUCGCAAGGCUGAGCUGGAGCGCAAGAAGGCCAAAUUGGCAGCACUGCGCGAGGAGAAGGAUCGACGUCGCCGCGAAAAGGAGAUUAAAGACAUGGAAGAGGCAGCCGGACGCAUUGGCACCGGCACCGGCAUUGACAAGGAUCAGCGCAAAGAUUUGGAUGAAAUGCUGUCCUCGCUGGGCUUUGCGCCCGUCUCUGAGGUGCUCUCCUCGCUGUCUUCAGCCAAUUCGCUGACAUCUGAUAAUUCCAAUACACAAACGCCUGAUGUUAGCCUGCAGGCCAACGUCAAUGGACAGGGCAGCGCCGGCAAGAAACAGCCACUGAAUCUGAGCGUUUACAACGUGCAGGCCACAAACAUUCCACCAAAGGAGACACUCGUCUAUACGAAACAAACACAGACCACCAGCACCGGCGGACACGAGCGUGAUGUUCUUUCUUGCCACUCAUCGCCUCUGUCAGGAUAUAUGGAGGACUGGUGGCGUCCACGUAAAGCUCAUGCUACGGAUUAUUAUGAUGAAUACAAUCUUAAUCCGGGUUUAGAGUGGGAGGAUGAAUUCACAGUGCUUGCAUUUGAUGCCCAAGGAGACGACGAAGAGAGCUCGCUGCCCCAUCUGGACCAUGGCUUUAGUUCGAAGCUGCCGCCUGGCUAUCUCACCCACGGACUGCCCACGGUCAAGGAUGUGGCGCCAGCCAUAACACCGCUCGAACAGAAGAAGGAGCAGGAGGAGAAGAAGGAGGUCAAGGAACUGUCGGAGGAGCAAAAGCAAAUGAUCAUACUAUCGGAGGACUUUCAGAGAUUCGUGUUGCGUGCCGGACGCGUCAUUGAGCGCGCCCUCUCCGAGAACGUGGACAUCUAUACGGACUACAUUGGAUGCGGCGACAACGAGGAGGCGAACGAUGAACGCUCCCAUGCCCGUCUCUCGAUGAAUCGUGUCUUUUACGAUGAGCGCUGGUCAAAGAAUCGCUGCAUCACCAGCAUGGACUGGUCAACGCAUUUUCCGGAACUGGUCGUCGCCUCGUAUCACAGCAACGACGAGAGCCCCAAUGAGCCGGACGGCGUCGUGAUGGUCUGGAAUACAAAGUUUAAGAAGCAAACGCCCGAGGAUGUCUUCCACUGUCAGAGCGCCGUGAUGUCGACAUGCUUUGCCAAAUUCAAUCCCAAUCUAAUACUCGGCGGCACAUACUCUGGCCAGAUUGUGCUCUGGGAUAAUCGUGUCCAGAAACGCACGCCCAUACAGCGUACGCCACUGAGCGCUGCCGCGCACACACAUCCCGUCUAUUGUCUGCAAAUGGUUGGCACACAGAAUGCGCACAAUGUCAUCUCGAUAUCGUCGGAUGGCAAGCUGUGCUCCUGGUCGCUGGACAUGCUAUCCCAGCCGCAGGAUACCCUUGAGCUGCAGCAGCGCCAAUCGAAGGCGAUCGCCAUUACGUGCAUGGCCUUUCCGGCCAAUGAGAUCAACAGCUUGGUCAUGGGCAGCGAGGAUGGCUAUGUCUAUUCGGCCUCGCGGCACGGCUUGCGCUCCGGCGUGAAUGAGGUAUUCGAACGGCAUUUGGGUCCCAUAACGGGCAUCUCAACGCACUAUAAUCAAUCGUCGCCGGACUUUGGACAUCUGUUCCUAACAUCGUCGAUCGAUUGGACAAUUAAGCUGUGGUCCCUCAAGGACACGAAACCCCUGUAUUCGUUUGAGGAUAAUUCGGAUUAUGUUAUGGAUGUCGCCUGGUCGCCCGUUCAUCCCGCUCUAUUUGCUGCUGUCGAUGGUAGCGGUCGCCUUGAUUUAUGGAAUCUCAAUCAGGAUACCGAAGUGCCAACAGCAUCAGUCGUUGUCGAUAAUGCGCCAGCCCUCAAUCGCGUCUCCUGGACACCAUCGGGCCUCCAUGUGACCAUCGGCGAUGAGUCCGGCAAGCUCUAUGUCUACGAUGUCGCUGAGCAUCUGGCGCUGCCGUCGCGCGACGAAUGGUCCCGAUUCAAUGCUACCCUCAACGAGCUCAAGAUGAACCAGAACGACGAGGUCUAAUAACAACACACCACAAACCAGGCAUUAGUUUCUAGAAUUGAACAGAGAAGCGUUUUCGUCUAAACCAAAAUCGUUAAUGUGCAUCGCCAAAAAAAAUGGGGGAUAUAUAUACAUAUAUACAUAUUUAUAUAUUUAUAAAUGUGCUCUAAUUGUCCGUGCAUUGUGUUGAGAGCUUUGCUUUACUUUUGUUCAAGUUAUUUUUAUCAAAAGCUCCCGCUUUCCACCCAUUUUCCACCCGCUUUCCACCCAUUUUCCACCCGUUUUCCACAAUGCGCCCAAGCUAAGAGCUUUAAAGCUUUUCGAUUUAUUCCAUCAUCCCCCUGCUGCUGCUUUUUUUUCGUUGGUAUUCAAGUGAAGUUCAUCAAAUGAAGUUGCACUGAGAAAUACAAGAACCCGAAAAUAUAUAUAUAUAUAGAUAUGCGCGAUAUAUGCUUUAUACGAUUUUAGUUUAAAUGCGAAACGUUCUUUUCUGCGUGCUGUUUUGAAGGUCUCCUCCCCCAUUGGUAUUUUGUAAUUUAUUUGAUAUAUAUAUAUAUAUACAUAUUCUUAAUAUGUUUAGAACUGAUUUCAUUUCUUUCGGUAUUGAUUUUUCGCCCCCACGAGCUGUGUACAAACAAAAAGAAAAGGGAGAAAAUUCAAGAAAAUAACGGCAAACAAAACUUAUUUGCGCAAAGAUUUAUAUAACAUACAACAACAAUAAAAUUAUAUAUAUAUAUACAUAUACAUAUAUAUUAUAUAACGCGAUAUUUACACACGCGUGCAUGAAGCGAACCAGUUGAGAAUUAGAAGAAUGACAAACUGUAUUUGAAUUGUAUAUUAAAAAAACUCAUGCAAGCGACAACAACCAACAGCAAUAAAACUAAACCAUUUAACGAGAUUAAAUAAAGAUAAAAAUUAUAUACAUACAUAUAUAUA